AUGCUGAGAAACUUGUUUCGGAGGAGACUGUUUUCUUAUCCUGCAAAAUACUACUUUUUGGGUCUUGUCCUCUCCCUAAUCACCUUCUCUGUUCUAAGAAUUCAUCAGAAGCCUGAAUUUGUUAGCAUCAGACAUUUGGAACUUGCUGGAGAUGAUGUGAACAGCAACAUCAAUUGCACCAAAGUUUUACAGAGUGACCCUGAUGAAAUCCAGAAGGUCAAGCUUGAGUUACUAACAGUGAAAUUCAGGAAGCGCCCACGGUGGACACCGUAUGACUAUAUAAACAUGACCCGUGACUGUGCCUCUUUCAUCAGGUUGCGCAAAUAUAUUGUAGAGCCCCUCAGCAAAGAAGAGGUAGACUUUCCAAUUGCGUAUUCCAUAGUGGUUCACCACAAGAUUGAAAUGCUUGACAGGCUGCUGAGGGCCAUCUAUAUGCCUCAGAAUUUCUACUGCAUCCACGUGGACAAAAAAGCCGAGGAGCCCUUUUUAGCCGCGGUGAUGGGCAUUGCAUCCUGCUUUGGUAACGUCUUCGUGGCCAGCCAGCUGGAGAAUGUUGUUUAUGCAUCUUGGAGUCGGGUGCAGGCUGACCUCAACUGUAUGAAGGACCUGUACAGGAUGAGUGAAAGCUGGAAGUACUUGAUCAAUCUUUGUGGUAUGGAUUUCCCUAUCAAAACCAACCUAGAAAUUGUCAGGAAGCUCAAGUCAUUCUUGGGUGAAAACAACCUGGAAACUGAGAAGAUGCCUCAGAACAAGGAAGAGAGAUGGAAAAAACGAUAUACAGUUGUUGACGGGAAGCUGACAAACACUGGGGUAGCCAAAACACAGCCUCCACUCAAAACUCCUCUUUUUUCAGGCAGUGCCUACUUCGUAGUCAGUAGGGAAUAUGUAGGCUAUGUGCUAGAAAAUGAAGAUAUCCGAAAGUUCAUGGAGUGGGCACAGGACACAUACAGCCCAGAUGAGUAUCUCUGGGCCACUGUCCAAAGGAUCCCUGGAGUCCCUGGUUCUCUCCCCUCAAGCCAUAAAUAUGACUUGUCUGACAUGAAUGCUGUCGCUAGGUUUGUCAAGUGGCAGUACUUUGAAGGCGACGUUUCGGGAGGCGCUCCUUACCCACCAUGCAGCGGGGUCCACGUGCGCUCAGUGUGUGUUUUCGGAGCUGGUGACUUGAGCUGGAUGCUUCGUAAACACCACUUUUUCGCUAAUAAGUUUGACAUGGAUGUUGACCCCUUUGCCAUCCAGUGUUUGGAUGAGCAUCUGAGGCAUAAAGCCCUGGAGGCCUUAGAACACUAA